CAGUCAGUCGUCGUCGUCAGUCAAUACCCACCCCUCUUCGCGAUUAGUCGGUCGUGACUUCCUCUUCCAGUGAACGUGCAUUUGCGAAGCAUCCCAGUGGCAUUUCAAACGGGCCUUUUUCUACAUUUUACUUUCUUUUUGUGUGUCCUUUUAUCCAAGCAAAAUGUCUGAGCCAAUCCGCGUCGUAGUGACUGGUGCUGCCGGUCAGAUUGCCUACUCGCUACUGUACAUGAUUGCCAAGGGAGAUGUGUUCGGACCGAACCAGCGAUUGAUUCUGCAUUUGUUGGACAUUCCGCCGAUGAUGGGCGUUCUCGAGGGAGUCGUCAUGGAACUGGCCGAUUGUGCGCUGCCAUUGUUGGCCGGUGUUGUGCCCACCACAGAUCCCGCCGUGGCCUUCAAAGACGUCGUGUCGGCAUUCCUGGUCGGAGCGAUGCCCCGUAAGCAGGGCAUGGAACGGAAGGAUCUGCUGUCGGCCAACGUCAAGAUCUUCAAGGUUCAGGGUGAAGCGCUGAACAACUAUGCCCGUAAGGACGUCAAGGUGCUGGUCGUCGGAAACCCGGCCAAUACCAACGCCUUGGUAUGCUCGCACUACGCCCCAUCGAUCCCGAAGGAGAACUUCACGGCCAUGACCCGGCUGGAUCAGAACCGAGCCCAGGCUCAGAUUGCCGCUCGCCUCGGAGUAGGUAUCGCUCACGUUAAGAACGUCAUCAUCUGGGGCAACCAUUCGUCGACACAGUACCCGGAUGCGAAGAACGCAACCGUUGAGCUUGCUGGGGCCCAGAAAAGUGUGGUGGAAGCCAUCGCCAACAAUGACUACCUGAAUGGCGAAUUCGUCGAAACUGUACAGAAACGUGGGGCAUCCGUUAUUGCUGCACGUAAGAUGUCUUCCGCUAUGUCGGCCGCCAAGGCUGCCAGUGACCAUAUGCGUGACUGGUUUGCCGGUACCAAGGAUGGCGAGUACGUCUCGAUGGGUGUCGUAUCCGAUGGCAGCUAUGGUACUCCAAAGGACAUUGUAUUCUCGUUCCCAGUGCAGAUUCAAAACGGCCAGUGGAAGAUUGUUCAGGGCUUGUCCGUUGAUGACUUUGCACGUGGUAAGUUGGAUGCGACCGCCAAGGAACUCCUCGAGGAAAAAGAAGAAGCCAUGUCCGUUUGUGCCUCGGAUUGACUAACUAAACUGUAAAACAACAUAUUUGUAGAAACUUUACCUGUAUAUGGGAAUCAACAAUAAUAUUCCAUUACGUUUUCUGUUUUGUUGUGUGAUAAGAGUGGUUUGCGUUUCUCCAAAAAUUUUGUUUUACUGAGGGUACACGUACUAAAAAAUUACUCAGCUAUAUGAAAUUAAUGUCAAGACAUUCAGUAAGAAAUUGUUAAAAUCUAAUAGAAAAUAUCGCACGUCUUAUAGACCAAUUAUUAAAUAUAUGAGUAAACAUGAAAGUCAAUUGGAAAUUUAUUAUUUUGUUAUUGCUACGGCUUAGCCACGAAUAGAAAAAAAAACAUAAUCCUUA